AUGGCAGAUAAGAUUCCGAGAUAUGGCAUCAACAAUUUCAUGGAGGAUAUAAAUACAGAAGACUCCAUGGAGAUGGAGGCUACUACGGAAAGACCAAAUAAUAACCAAGCAAAUAUGAUCUCCAACUCCAACAUAAUUUCCACUGCUCAAAAUACAUACCAGAUCUUCGCGGGUUCCUGGAAUGUUGGAGGUGUUUCACCUCCAGAGUACUAUUUGGACAUACAAGGUUGGCUCCGACCUAAUAAUAUUAACCCUCCAGCUAAUAUCUACGUCCUUGGGUUCCAAGAAAUUGUACCACUGAAUGUGGGAAAUGUUGUGCGAUCCGAAAACCGCAAAGUUUGUGAGAAAUGGAAUUCGUUGAUCGGAGCUGCUCUUAACGAUAAGAAGAAUAAGAUUACAGAAGACAAAGAAGAAGAAGAAGAAGAAGGAGGAGACGAUGAAGAAGAUUUCCGAUGCAUCAUUAGUAGGCAAAUGGUUGGAAUAUUUAUAUCUGUUUGGGUUUCAAGUGAUCUAUGCCAAUACAUAAGACAUCUCAGUGUCUCAUGUGUUGGCUGUGGUAUCAUGGGUUACCUAGGGAACAAGGGUUCGGUGUCAGUGAGAUUUUGGUUACAUGAAACAAGCUUUUGUUUUGUGUGUAGCCAUCUAGCUUCUGGUGGUAAGAAAGGAGAUGAGAGACGAAGAAAUGCAGACGUCGCUGAGAUUUUGUCUCGAACAACCUUUCCUGCAGGACCUUUCACUAAUUUCUCCACAAAAAUUCUUGAUUACGAUAGGGUAAUUUGGCUUGGAGACCUAAACUACAGAAUCUGCUUGCCUGAUGCCACAACGCAAUAUCUUGUGGAGAAGCAAAAGUGGAACCUUUUGUUGGAAUAUGAUCAGCUUAAGGUGGAGCUCAUGGAAGGACGUGUAUUCGAAGGUUGGCAUGAAGGACUAAUAAACUUUGCUCCAAGCUACAAAUAUUACCCAAAUUCGGGGCUUUACUUUGGCUGUGAUCAGAAGAGAAAAUACAAAAGGCGUGCUCCGGCAUGGUGUGAUCGAAUACUAUGGUUCGGGAAGGGACUCGAGCAAAAGCAGUAUGAAAGAGUCGAAUCAAGAUUAUCAGACCAUAGACCCGUCCGAGCGAUUUUUAUGGCAGAAACUGAGGUCUUGAGAGCUCCUAAAGGAAUUCACAGCUGAGAGCUCCUAAAAGAUUUCACAGCUUUAUGUCGGACGUAUUUAGAACUAAUUUGGAUGUACUUUUAAAUGACUAAAAGCGCUUUUGGUGAAAAAUGUUUUUGAAACCAAUCCUCAGUAAAAAUGCAAGUAAAUCAUGAAAAAGCUAGAAGAAGCACAUAGUUGGUGUUUCUUGCAGAAAACACAGUGCUUUUGGAACCGAAAAACACUUUCUCUAAAAGUGCUUUCAGCCAUUUUAAAAGUACAUUCAAACGAGCCCUUAUUUGCUUGCCAAAUGAUUUCGAAGAAUAUUUUAAUGACAAAUAUUCAUGUAAAUGGAGAUCAAGCUUCCAUUAUUGAGCAUAAA